UUGAAAAUACCGCAGCGCGCCAAGUCGAAGUGACAUAUCGAGGAGGAUGGCCGCCGACGUACCGUGCUGCUACGGUAACGAAAAACCUCGGGAUUAUCGAGACGAGAAGCUGUCCGGGCUCGGCCCGCGCACCGACGAUGUUUAUCGCACCCAUAAUCUUCCAUUGAGAUUCAUAUAUCCGACGGCCAGCCACGCCGCGCGAAUACUCGCCGACGGAACCCCCGGUCGCGCGCUCGAGGUCAGUGCACGUCCAGCCUCCGUGAGCCGCACCAUGUGCUUCCUGCUCCUCAUUUAUCUCCUCUUAUCGGCCGACGUCGCGAACGUUAGCGCGGAGGACGCCGACUGUCAGGUUUACAACCACCUUUACGUCUGUUUGGCGAACGGCGGCGCGCUUCACGGCGUCGCCUUCGAGGACGUCAACGCCGUCCAGACGAUCGAGGACAUCGAGCUGCAUCUGGAGAACCUCGGGAUCGUUGACAUCGCGAGGAACGCCUUCGCCGAGGUCACCAACUCGUCCGCGCUCUAUGUCCGCGACAAUCGGCUCUCGUGCAUCGGCCGGCACUACUUCGCCGCGCUCGAUCAGCUCACGUACUUGGAUCUGCGAAACAACACAAUCGCCGACGUCGAGGAAGGGGCGUUCGCGAGGCUGGGCAACCUGGAGACCUUGCUGCUGGAUUACAACAACGUCUCGGCUCUGCGGCCCGGCGUGUGGAAGGGUCUCACGGAGCUGCACGAGCUCUACAUCACCAACAACCGGCUCGUGCUCAGGAGGAACGUGUUCAAGGGACUCAGGCAGCUGGAGACGUUGGUCCUGGAUUCGAACGAUAUCGCGGAGAUACCGAUCGGCGCGUUCAACGGCUUGCCGCACAUAGACCUCCUCUACCUGUCGCGCAACAGGAUCUCGUCGCUGCAUCCGGACGUGUUCCGCGGCCUCGGCGAGAUAAACGAGCUCGACCUGGGCAGGAACCGGCUGAGAGCGAUCCCCGCCGGUGUCUUUCGGCACAUGAAGUCCCUGAACUCGCUUUGGCUCAACGGCAAUCAGCUGACCGCGCUCGAGCCCGACGUCUUCCUCGGCUUGGACAAUCUGCUAUUCCUGUUCCUCAACAAUAACAACGAGCUCCGUCACGUGGACAUGGCGGCGUUCGUGAGGAUGAGGAACGUAACGGUGGAUCCCGGAUUCAAGAUACGCGGCUCGUCGGUGGACGAUUUCGGCAAACUCCACGGUCGAUAUCGGUGCAGUAGUGCAGCGUAUCAGUUGCCGUACGAGUGUACGGAGAUCGAUUCGUAGACUCGAGGAAUCGAGACUGGAGCGGCUGGGGCUCAUGAUCGUGGCGUUUUCGUAUUCUCACAAACCUACCUGCGCAUUAAAAAAAUGCUAGAAUCACAUGGAAAAGAUGCUGUUCAAUCAAUAAAAUUUCCAACGGCAACGUCACUGGAAUAAAUCUACUUAAUUCAAUGGCAAAUAUCACUAAAAUUAUUGUUACGUAUUGUUUCGAUAAUUAAAGUAUUAGUUUCAAUAAUGUUAUAUUGUUAUUGAAUCAAGAUUUACUCCAGUUACGCAUGCUGUUGGGAAUUCUAUUGAUUCAACAGCAUUUUUCAAGUACAAGUAAACGUAAUUACCUGCUUUUCAGCUACUUAAAGCAAAUAAUAUUUUCAUCAAUUUAAAUAUAUCUCAAUAGCUGGCAGC